AUGGCUUCCUACGAUGCUGCCGGUAAUAGACUUUCAUGUUGCCGCGGUUGCGGUCGCGAGGGUCUUAAUAUUACAAGACACACGUGCCCUUCCUGUCCCUGCAAUAACUGUCAUGGAGAAGGCCAUUCGGCAGCAGUAUGUCCAGCCGCGGCGACGCGCAACCAAGAUCGACAACGAGAGCGCCACGCAUCCGUUCCCGUCAAGCCAGUCCUCGGCCGUUCUGGUGUCCCAUCGCCAGCCAUCCCGACUGCUCAUACCCUAUCAACUAUCAAUACCUCUGGCCAACCACCAGCGAAGAAGCGGCGCCCAAAUCCAUCGUUGUCAAAAGCGCAUUCAAAGUCUGGUAUCAAGCCACGGGCUGAAGUUGAGUUCAGCGAUGUCGAGAAAGAGCGGGCUGCUAAGGCAGUGGAUAUACACCAAACAUCCUCUUUACCGCGUUUUGACAUUCUAGCGAAACACUUACUCCAGCACUUAUGUUCUGAUACAUGUCCAGCGGUUUUCACCCACUACAAACUCCAACUAGACGGGAUUGACUCGAGCAAGCUUUGUGAGGACCUUAUCUCCGCGAUUGACCCACAGAUUCGCGCACUGGAGGGUCAAGAAAUCGACCGUGAUAGCUUGCAAGGAGUCAAAGAAUCUCAGAAAGACGAUCCUGUCCUGUUCGAAUGUGACGGUGGAUACAUGGACUACAUCACGGAUACUCGAAACCAUGAAUACUUCAGAAUGUACAUCGGUCAAGGUCAGGCCAUCAAAGUCCGAGUGAGCGAACAUAAGGAGAGUAUCGCAUGGGGAGAUAUCACGUCUCUACACUACUAUAUCUUGACCGGUGGUCAAUUUCGAACAACAAACUUUAUUCGACUCUACCGGCUUCUUCCAAACUCGUUCCUCAUCAAGAAAAAUAUGAGGAAUGAAAAGGUCGAACAACUCAAUGAAGUACGCCGAACUUUACUAGAACUUCUCAUGACGCUCGCCUUCCAGACACUGCCCGCUACUGAGCUUCAGCAGUGGCUCCCAAUGAUCAAUAAGGGAGGCGUUGUGCACAAUGACCGACAAUCAAGCCGAGAACAAUUACGGCUAUCACAGGAUCCUCAACUGGCCUCAUGGCCUGACGUGAGAGCUCAACAGAUCCGCGAUCGCAAGAAACAGCAGUCCAGUAAUCUUGGAUCUUAUCCCAAGCUGUAUCAGAUGGGUGAUAUCGUACGGGCCGCUAUCGAAGACAAUCGGACUACUUUGGGACAAUUCGACACCGUGCAGUUCCCAAUCAAGCCUCCAAUUGACCAACACGAGAAAUCAAGUAUCGAGGACAGAUUGCGCCAACUACGAACUGAUUUAUCUGAUACUUCACUCCUUGAUAAGAUCUACAGACCGGUGGGUAGUUUGGACAGCCCAAUAUCCAUGGUGUUGAAUCGAGCUUUGCUACCGAAACACGAUAGGCCCAACUCCCAGGAGAGUUUCUUACCCGUUGCCUUUGUGGAGAUGGGACUCACCGAUGGACAAACGCUGAUCUGGCCCUUUGACCUUCGAAACCGAUCUGGCAAUACUCCAGAGGUCAUUAGUGGUCAAGCUAAUCGCGAAGCUACGGCAUUCAAGAAUUUUUCCCUAGGACUAUUGAAAGACAGUCGCGCCUCUUUCAUCUUGAUUACGGAGGGAGCUGCAGAGGAAUCUCUCUUUCAAGAUAACCCACUUCUUUCUGCAGAGUUCAAGGGAACCCUGCGAUCAUAUGAGGUCAGAGCUCGGCUAUUUGUACGUGGCGGCAAAAUUCAGAAGGUUUUCAUGGUCAUCCCUGAUCCUGAAAGUCUUUACUCCCGGGGAAACUGGAGAAGCUGUCAGCGUUUCACACAUAACCUACGUAUGGCUGCUUUCCUUAGCGGAGCUCGACGAGCCAAGUGGAAACUAUUCGAGCAUAGAAGUGCUCACGCAAUGAUACUCCGAGCAUAUGCCGCGAAGGACAUGGAAAUGGUGAGCCUGAAUACACUUGAUCAUUUCAUCGUGGACUGGCUUUAUCGAAAGGGUUUUCGGACAGCAGAGGAUGCCCAAGAGCUUCAAGACCUCUCUCCCAUAAAAUCACUCCCUGAUGCAUGUUUUAUGUCGAUGGUGCUGCUCCCAAAGCAAACAAAACAUGGGAUUAAUGAUGUCGAUCGUGCAGUACUUCAAGUCAGGGAGACUCGUUCACGAGGAUCAGACCCCCGAUGUUCAAGCCCACGAAAGAUUGCCCCGGAGGAUGCCAAUGCUGUAAGACAGCUCUACCAAAAGAAAUUACACAUAAUGCUUGCGGAUGAUCCUGACUAUCCUAACUUGCCAGGUUGGCCAAAUCCACACAAUAGCAAUCGUGUCAUGUCUCCAGCCGACAAUGAGCAUGGUGAAGCAAGCAGUGGUCCCACUGAAGCCGAUAUGGUUGACAUAAUGACAAUGCUACAGGACGAUUCAGUUCCUGUGGUGUUCAACACAUCUCGUUUACCCAUGCCACAAGUCGACUACAGUCAACAACCACGAUAUCCGCAUCGGGUAACAAAUCCCACGGGGGAUGGUGCAGAUGCACACUGGGAUGAAAUACGAGAAGAGACAGCCAACAGCAUUCUCACUGGUGAAGAUUGA